CAAUUUCAAUCUCAAGAGCUAUCGCAAUCGCAAUUUGUCGUUCAGUCAAAGAUGCUGUCACUACCGGUGUUUCUGUUUUUGCUCCUUCAACUGUUGUCCGUCUACUGUUACUAUCACGAGUACCGUUACUGGGAGAUAAAUGAUCCGCCGCCCAUAUGCUCAGAGUAUGAAAUGCUGAUUGUGAAUACACACCAAUGUGUGCGCCGUUGCAAUAUUGUGUGUCAGCGCGGCGUUUGCUUUGAGGAUGGACCGUGUCCUUGUGCGGAUCAGUAUCAAAGCUCACAUGGCGACAGUGUGGUAUGUGCCGCCGAAUGCGUACCCGGCUGCCAGCAGGCAGGUGGACACUGCGCCGGUCCCGAACUCUGCAUUUGCCGCAAGAGCAAACACUACUACUACGAUCCAGUGGCGCGCCGUUGUCGUCGUCGUGGACCCCGCCUUUUGGAUCUAUGCGGCGGUCGUUGCAUUCAUGGUCGCUGCUCGUAUGAUGGUCGCUGCAUCUGUGCUCAGGGCUAUGAAUUGCGCAGUACUCUGCUUCACGGCUCCCAAUGUAUGCCAACCUGUGAUCACGACUGUGGUCCCAGAGCCUAUUGCUAUGCUCCCAAUAUGUGCGCCUGUCGGCACAAGCAUUAUCACUAUGCUUGGAAUGGAAAAUGUACCAAAGACUACUAAGUGAUUUGUUAAAAGUGAUAACAGGGCUGUUUUAAGUCCAUUUUAAUUUAUACAAAAUAAUUAUUAUUAAAAUACUAUGCCAAAAA